CCAGUCCUGCUUCAGAAUGUGGACUUUUGCUAUGAGAACGCAGACUCUACAAUGAAAAUUGAAAUAGAUGAGAAAUUGUUGAAUAAAAUCAUCUGGGACCACUGUGUGCAGAAUGGGCAGGUGUACACAGGGCAUCGGACAAUGCCCGUCAGUCACAUUGAUGAGAGCAUCAUGCUGACGGCGGAAGACAGGCUAGCAGUGUACAACUAUGUGGUGAAGAAGUCCCACGAGGAAGGGAAGGUCAUUCCUGUUGAUCGUACUGAUGAGUUGCUCACCACUGACUGGGGCAGUCUGGUCAAGAAAGGAUUGUUGGAUGCACAGAACAACAAGCAGUUUGCUUCCAAACUGGAGCAGCUUGCAGCUUUGCGAGAUUUGAGACGGCGCCGACAGAGUUACAGAGCCAAGAAUGUUCACAUCACAAAGAAGACAUACACUGAGAUAAUCCGAGAAGUUAUUAGCAACCAGAUGGAGAUCCUAGUUCCUGCUGACUCCUCUGAAGAGAUGCCAGUCGCAAACGAAGAUGACAGCAGAAGUGAACCUGGACACUAUAAUACAGACAGAGACAGUCAAAAAGAGCACAGGCUUGAUCACAGAGAGAUCAAAAAAGAACAUAGAGACGAUUCUGACAGGUGGAGAGCGAAGGAUAGAGAGAGAAAAGGCUCAGAGGAGAGAUACAGACGAGGGGAGAAAUCAGAAGAUAGGUAUAGUUCUAGGACACGCAGGGAUACAAAUUACUCAAGAGAUCGAGGAUUUGAUAAGGAUAGAUACAAGGUCAAAGAAGAAGAGGGUGAUUCACAGCAUGGAAAUGACAGACCUAGAAGAUUCACAGAAGCAGGUGAUUCACAGCAUGGAAAUGACAAGCCUAGAAGAUUCACAGAAGCAGGAGAUUCACAGCCUUCUGAAAGGAUUAGUAUGACAGAAACAAGUGGUUCACAGCCUUCGGAAAGGAUCAGAAUCUUACAAACAAGUGAUUCGCUGCCUUCUGCUGAGAGACCUCGAAGAUUCACAGAGGCUGAUGAACUACGUCUAGAAGAAAUCCUAAAAGAAAUUAAGACAGAACCUGUAGAUAGCAAUGACAGCAGCUUUGUGAGCACCUCAGCGUAUCUACCUAGCAAUGAGAUGCCGCCACAAGAGCAAAUCAACGAAUGUGAUGUUGCGUCAGAAAAAUCUUACUUGUCCAGAAAACGCAGCCACUCUGAUAGUGAUAGUAGCAGCAACAGCAGCAGGAGGCAUGGAAAGCAUAAAAAAUCCAAGCACAAGAAAAAGCACAGCAAAAAGCACAAAAGGAGAUAA